UUUUCAUUCCCAAACAACAAACAACACUCUUUUUAACCAUGACCACGCUCAAUACGAGCAACAUCAGAACAUCUUCGGAUGGAGCAUGGCAAGGUGAUAAUCCUCUGAACCACGCUCUUCCCUUGUUAAUCAUUCAAACCAUCCUUGUCAUCCUCGUGAGCCGCACCCUCGCUUUCUUCCUCAAACCUCUUCGUCAACCCAAAGUUGUCGCCGAGAUAAUCGGUGGAAUUGUGCUAGGACCUUCUGUUAUUGGUCGUAACAAAAGUUUCAUGCACAUAGUGUUCCCUUCAUGGAGCACUCCCAUACUGGAAUCAGUAGCAAGCAUUGGCCUCCUUUUCUAUCUUUUUCUAGUGGGUCUCGAGCUCGACCUUCGAACCAUUCGCCGGAGCGGCAAGCGAGCUUUCAACAUCGCGGUGGCCGGAAUAUCCCUUCCGUUCCUCUUUGCCGUUGGAGUCACCUUCUUGCUCCCCAAAGUUAUCCACUUUGAAAACCACAAGGUUGGUUUCCUUCAGCGCUUCAUUUUCUUGGGUGUUUCUCUCUCCAUCACUGCCUUCCCUGUGCUCGCGCGCAUCUUAGCGGAGCUCAAGCUCUUGACAACACAAGUGGGAGAAACUGCCAUGGCGGCUGCAGCCUUCAACGACGUGGCUGCAUGGGUGUUGCUUGCCCUCGCGGUGGCUUUGACCGGUGGUGGACACAAAAACAGCGUUCUCACAUCCAUCUGGGUGCUUUUUUCAGGUGUAGCAUUUGUUGCCUUCAUGUUGUUCCUGAUUCGACCCAUGAUGCACCGCAUUGCUCGUCAAUGUUCUCGUGAACACGAUGUCCUAGACGAAACCUAUAUAUGCUUAACCCUUGCAGGGGUAAUGUUAUCAGGGUUCGUGACAGACCUAAUAGGGAUACAUUCAAUUUUUGGGGCCUUCAUUUUUGGGCUAACAAUACCAAAAGGAGGUGAAUUUGCAAACAGGGUAACAAGGAGAACAGAGGACUUUGUUUCAACUCUGUUGCUUCCCUUGUACUUUGCAUCAAGUGGGUUGAAAACAGAUGUUGCUAAGUUGCAGGGUGUGGUGGAAUGGGAGCUUCUUUUGUUGGUUAUAUCAACAGCAUGCGCAGGGAAGAUUUUGGGAACGUUUGUGGUGGCAGUGAUGUGUAUGAUACCAGUGAGAGAAUCGUUAACACUUGGAGUGUUGAUGAACACCAAAGGGUUGGUGGAGCUUAUAGUUCUCAAUAUUGGCAAAGAAAAGAAGGUUCUUAACGAUGAGAUGUUCACAAUCCUGGUCUUAAUGGCUAUCUUCACCACCUUCAUCACAACCCCAAUGGUUUUAGCCAUACACAAACCCUCUCGUUCAGUUAAUUCCCUAACACGCCAUGCUCUAUUGCCAAGACCACCACCACUAACAGAUUUACAAGAGAAACUUCGAAUCCUUGCAUGCAUCCAUGGACCUAGCAACGUGCCUUCACUAAUCAACUUCAUAGAAUCACUUCGAGCUACAAAGGAGUCUCAACUCAAACUCUACGUGAUGCAACUCAGUGAACUCACUGAUAGCUCAUCAUCAAUCUUAAUGGUUCAAAGAAGCAGAAAGAACGGGUUUCCAUUCUACAGGUUCCAAAGAGGAGCAUUACGUGAACAAAUUGCCACAGCAUUUCAAGCUUUUGGUCAAGUAGGUCUAGUUAAUGUACACCAAUUAACAUCAAUCUCUUUGUUGUCUUCAAUGCACGAGGACAUAUGCCAUGUUGCUGAAAAGAAAGGUGUGGCAAUGAUAAUAUUGCCGUUUCACAAAAGGUGGAGAAGGGAAGAUGAAGAGGCAAAUAAUAUAGAAGACAUAGGGAAUGGAUGGAGGGAAGUGAAUCAGAGAGUGCUUCAACGUGCACAUUGUUCUGUUGCAUUGCUUGUGAAUCGUGGGGUUGGUAGGUGUGAAGAACGAGGUGAGAGUAGUGGUGUUGAUGGGAAGAGGGUGUGCAUGAUUUUCAUUGGAGGACCAGAUGAUCGUAAGGUUUUGGAGUUGGGUAGUAGGAUGGCUGAACAUCCAGCAGUUAGGUUGGAUCUUGUGAGAUUCACUUCUUCAGGCAAGGAAGGUAAGGAUAAGAGAGGCAACCAUAAGUCAUCAACAUCAGACAACAAUUGGGAAAAAGAGAAGGAGUUGGAUGAGGUUGCAGUAAACGACUUCAAAACAAAAUGGCUUGGGACAGUGGAGUACAUUGAAAAGGACACAAGAAACAUAACAGAGGAGGUUUUAACAAUUGGGAAGGCUAACGAGUACGAGCUAGUAAUUGUUGGGAAGGGACAACAGCUUCUUGGGUCAACAACCAUGGUAACAAACAUAAAUGAUUCUCGUCACGAGUAUGCUGAGCUGGGGCCCAUUGGAGAUCUCUUAACUUGUUCAGAUCAUGGCAUUAAGAGUUCAGUGCUUGUUAUACAAGACCAUGAUUUGAUUAAUUCAAAUGAAACUAGUCUCGAAAAGACAGCAAGGGCCAAGAGUAAUGUGAUGAAUGAUGCUAUCUCAGAAAUUGAAACAUCCGUAUAAAAUUAUAUCAAAUAUGUAGAAAGCAAAAUAAACCCCCAUCUCAGGUACUGUAUUUUGAUCCUUCAUGAAUCUAUAUAAAGAAGACCUUAUGUUUGGAAAUAUGCAAGUCAUGCAGGGUGGUCCAGACCCACAUUCGGCCUAAACGCAUCAUCGAGUGCCUGUACAUCUUUAAGGACUACAAGAUGAGCUGAAUAGAACAUUGAACCUAUGCUUCAAACAUCAGAUAGAUUUAGUUUAUAUAGAAUUUCAAGUUAGUUAUCUUAUAGAUUAUCUAUUAUAUCCGUUUAAUAGUUAUCUUGUAUUU